UGACGCAGCAGCUCAUUAACAGCUGCCUGGUUGCUAGACGACUCAAUCUGCGAUACUGACAUGAAAACAGUAACCUCUGCAUGGAAACAAAACAACAUUUUAACGGUUUCCACCAGGAUAUGGUCAACGGUUUUUACCACCGCAUCACCGGCUCUUUACGACAGGAACCCGCAGUGUUGUGUACGAACAUCCAAGUUGUAGUUUAGCUAACGUUUCUUUUGUUGCCCCAUGUUUUUACUACUAACGUUAGCAAGAGGAGCAGCCUGAAGUGCGCCCUAUGACUUGGGGGAAAAAGAUGAGAAGAUUAACGUACACACGGAGAAAGUCAAGUUUUCCAACUUAACGUGACGGUUUGCCUUGUCAGCGAUGUUUAACUCAACUGCUAAGAUGUCUUUGGAGGCGAGUGACGUUCAAACUGAUGAAGACUGUGAGGAGCUGGAUGGUUUCUCGUUCUCUGCUGACUUUUUGGAAAAGAGAACAAGAAAGAAGAGAUCAUCUGGCAAGCCUCCUCCUUCUCCAAGGUCUCCAUACCUAUCCAGUAUGAAUGUGAACCCCAGAAGAGCAGCAGUGGCGGCCUGGAGACUGCCAAGGGCCUCCCUUGGGGACACCAGAGGUGACACUCCUGGUGAGAUUGGCUCAGCCCGCCUGACAUCCCUCAGCAACGGCUUUGAUGUGUCCCAGACGCUGAGAUCAGAGUGCGAUGUCACACCAGAGCUUCUUAAGCAAACCUUGAGCAUGAAGAAACACAAACAUCUCCUCUCUGGACCCAAUGGCUUCACUGUCAGCGCAGGUGACUACAGAGAGAAGGAGGACAUGUACGAUGAGAUUAUUCGCCUCAAGAAGAGUCUCCAGGCACAGAAGUCUGACAACCAACAAAUGAAAGCCAAACUACGCCGCCUGGAGGAAGAUAACGCCAAAAGAGAGAAACAGAUAGAAGAACUGUUGGAUCCCACCAAAGGAUCUGAAUAUACUCGUAGUCUGGUGGAUAAGAAGAAAGAAGGGAGUGUGGUUCUCAAUGGGCUGAAACAGAGAAUCCUGAAGCUGGAGCAGCAGUGUAGGGAGAAAGAAAAUGCCCUGAGUAAGCUGCAAAGUGAGCUAAGGACCACCAACCUGGAAGAGCUGAAGAUCACAGUAGCAACCUACUUUGACGAGAUCCAGAGGCUGAGGAUGCUUCUGGAAGCAGCAGAGAAAAGUAGUCGAGCAGAGAGUAAAUGCUCCCAGAGGCAGCAGAAAGUUUUAAGCUCCACGGUUCACCGUCUGUCUGAGAACCUGAAGCAGCUCCAGCAGGAGAACACCGCGCUCAGAGAGGAGCUCAACACUGACAGUCCUGCAGGAGGAAUCAAAGGUUACAGAGAGUGGAGUAAACAGAGACUGUUGAGAAGGCUGUUGGAGGUGGAGAAGAGGCUGGAGGACAGCAGAAGACACGCCCAGUCAGCAAAACGCAGCAGGCAAUUGGAUCAGGAGGUCCAGGCCACACCCACGGAGAUCCUGGGGUUUACCAUGGCAACAGAGGCAGUGGUCUCCGUGGGAACAAUCACUGAGGGAGGGGAAGAGGUUCCUGAGCUGAGAGAGCGCCUCAGCCAAUUGGAGAAGGAGAGGGCGGAGCUUCAAGAAAUGCUGUCAAGUAGAGAUAAUGAAUUGAGACAGCUGAGGACAGAAAGAGAAGAGCUGGAGACAGAACGAUGGAAAGCUGAGCAGGCAAAUGAAUGGGACAAAGAGAGACAGAAGCAUAAACAGGAGUUGGAGCAGUUGAAGGCUAGGAUCCAAACUCUGCAAGACAGCGGUAAACCUGCACAAGCAGAGCUCUCCUCUCCCUCUGCCACAUCGCCAGGGGACCACGAGGACACUCAGCCUGUAGCAGGUCUGGAAGAUGGAGUAGAGAGGGUCACGGGAGGUAAAGAGGAGAAGGAGGGGGAAGGAGAUGAAGAGUUGAGUACAGAUGCAGAGCUGAAAGACAGAGAGAAAGCAGCUUUGACCAUCCAGGCGAGCUGGAGGAAGCACAGAAACAGAGACAUUGUGAUGUUGCAGUCGGCAUUAAGAGGCCACCUCCUCAGAGAGUCACAGCUCAAGGACCUGCUGAGAGACUCGCAGAAUAAGGCUGUAGAAGCAUCAAACUGCAAUGAUGCUGCAUCUACCGCGGAAGGAGCGCUGGAUGUGGUUGCCUUGACGAUGAUACAGUCUGCAUUCAGGGGGCACCUGGCUCGCUGUAGUCAUGCAAUAGAGAGCUCGGGGUUGUCUGUGCCUUCUCUAAUGGGAAACAAUUUACCCACGCUGGUACCAAGACCUCGCUCAACACACACACCCAGCAGAACAGAUGCUGCGUCCCCCCAUAAAGAUGAUAAAAAACAAACAGAGGAAGAAGACUCCUGGCUUGUCUCUAGCACGCACUCCUCCAGGAUGACACCCACAACAGACCCAACAGAGCUACACUGCACAUCUGAGUCUGGCGGAGUCGCUGCAGCUGAUUCUGACGACUCUGAUGACAUCAUCGUGUCUCCGUCACGUCCUCUGAGAAGCAGAGAAGUCUUAAUCUUAUAGACCUUCUGGAUUGUUUGUUUGUGUGUGUGUGUGUGUGUGAGAAAGAGAGUGUGUGCAGGAAAAAAAUGUGCCUGUUUCUACUCAGAGCCUGUAUGUCAGAGACUUGCACAGUCACACAGUACCAAAUCUUUACAGUUUGGGUUCUUACUGAACCUGCGGGGAUAUUCCAAUAUUAGCCAUCGUAACAGUGAACAUACACUGCUGCCUGCAAAGCGCUUAUUUUCUCUGCAGUAAUAAGCAGAAUAUUCUCGGAAGCUGGGUGCAGGUUUAUGACACGAAGUUAAGAAGCACAUAAACACUUGUGUUGAUCACGAUCUUAUAACAAUACUGUCAUAAUACAACACGUUGAUGCAUCCCAGUGUUGACGUGAGGCCACUUUUAGCAAAGGAGAAAGCACUCACGUGAACAUGAAAUGAACAUCCCCUUUAACUUCGAGCUAUUAUUCUUGUGGGCUAUCAUUUGUGCCAAAGUGCCUACUGCAUGGUUAUUCAAAUUAAAGUUACAGUAAUGAAUUUAUUUAUUUCUCUUAACCUGACUGGCCCAAGUCCGCUGGAUUUCACAGGCUUGAAAUGAUUAAUGAAUCAUAUUUUGACAUGCCUGAUUUGUAACACACAAACGACAUCACACUAAUCUGUCACGUGUGCUUAAUAAAAUAUAGCUGAUCCUGAGGUAUGAUUGAGGGAUGAUUCUCAGCCAAUGCACUAUUGAGUCAAACUGUGAAUAAAUUAUAGAUCAGUCUGCUGCAAUACUAAACACUCAGUCAGUACAGUGCAGGAUACGCAGGGAGUGUGUCUUAACGUUUGUGUUCUGCAAUAGACAAAUGAUAACCUAUAGGGAGGUCUACAGAAAAUGGAUGAGUGCUGUUUUCCCUACAUGAUGUGUGUAAAUUAAUUUC